AGAAUUAAACAGAAAGAUGCGCGCGCAUCCGUCGCCAUAUUUAUAAUCUGAAGGGUCUUGYAGAUUAAAUUUCAGGUUUGUUUUGUAAAGUAAACCGAAUUCAACCUUAUAUUUUGUGGCACAAAGACUCAUGGCGAACCGAAAUAUGCAGCAGGGGAGGAUGCUGGGCGGGAUUUCUCCCGCUGCACCGCCGAAGCGAGGGACGGACUCCCCGGUGUCGGAGAAUCAGACUCCGGUUUACGACAAAGGUAGCCCGGCCCCGGCCCCGCAGCAGCAGCAGCAGCGGUCCCCUUCUUCUUCGGUCGAACAKRCGGAGGGAGCCGCGGAGGAAAGUGGCGAAGGCCCGUCACUGAUGACCCUGGAGAUCUCCAGCUUUCGGCGGCCCGGGGAGAAGCCGUUCACCCAGCGCGCUCGGCUGUUCGUGGGCGGCCUGCCGCUGGACCUGCAGGAGGAGGAGUUCAGAAACCUGUUCGCCAAAUWUGGAAACAUCAGGGACGUUUUCAUCAACAGAGAGCGGAGCUUUGGCUUUGUUCGCCUGGAAACCCGAACACUGGCAGAGAUCGCCAAGACUGAGCUGGAUGGGAUGAUGCUGAACAACAGGAUGCUGAAGGUCCGCUUCGCUACGCACGGAGCUGCGCUCACUGUCCGGAACCUGCUGCCUGUUGUGACCAAUGAGCUGCUGGAGCAG